AAUGGAUCUAUGUAAGGGAAUACAGGUGCAGAAUGCAGCUGGUCACUUUGUGACUCCAACAGGUUUGAAGAAACGAAGUGGCAGAAAAACUAAGAAAGUAUUGCGUAGUUGGGUGGACAGGUUUCACAGGCAAAAGAAAAACUCUAGAUUGUCUGAGGCAAGCACUCCUGAGAUGUCAUCAGAAUCCUAUCAACCUAUCCAAAGCCAAACAUCAAGCAAAUGUUUGUCAUCGAAUAAUUCUGUGGCAGAUGGUAAGUCAGAUAUUGCAGUUGUAUGGAUAAUCAAGAUUUUGGACAAAUUUACAGUAUCUUAUUCAGUACAAUACUUAAUGGUAGCCCGGUGAAGCUGGAAUCACUCCUCAAAUACUGAGUGCUCAUAAUAUCCGUAUUCAAGAUCGUAACAAUCUCCCACUUUUGCUUCCCAACGAUCCUGUGAGCAAGACAAAGUACACAAGUUUCACCGAAUUCUUAAUGGUCAGUAAUUCUUUAAAAAACUCAUUAUUUACAGUUAUUAUUUAGAACUAUUCUAACCUUGUUACAAGAUUAUUGUAGGGCAUGCUUUUAUGAACACU